GAGAAAACAACAGGUAGUAGUGGGGAGACAGCAACAAGUAGUAGUGGGGACACAAAUACAGGGUAGUGGUGAGGAGACUGCAGGUAGUAUUGGGGAGACAGUGACAUGGUAAUUGUUUUUCUCGUUAUAUUGAUGGUACUUAAAAUGAGAUCAGUGAAAUCUUUUAAAUAGAAAAACAACAACAAUUUUUUGUUGAUUUUUAGUAAAUGUAUAACAAUUUGAUCAACAUGAAGGUCAUUCGGUAAGUUGAUCAAUGCAUGAUAAUUAAUGACGGACUUAAGUAAUUCAUGGUGCUAUACAACGGACUUAAACAAUGGUGUUAUAUGACGCACUUAAUUCAUGGUGCUAUAUGAAGCACUUAAUUCAUUGUGCUAUAUGACGCACUUAAUUCAUGGUGCUAUAUGACGCACUUAAUUCAUGGUGCUAUAUGAAGCACUUAAUUCAUUGUGCUAUAUGAAGCACUUAAUUCAUUGUGCUAUAUGACGGACUUAAUUUAUUGGAAUUUUUUUUCCUUUUUUAAUUAAAAAAAAGUGUUAAAGAAAGACUCAUUGAAUUUUUAUACUUUAGUAAUGUUAGCAGCUGUACACAAUAAACAUCUUAUAAGCUGUUUAGUAUAACAUUAUACAUCCGAAUGUAUAUAUAUAUAUAUAUAUAUAUAUAUAUAUAUAUAUAUAUAUAUAUAUAUAUAUAUAUAUAUAUAUAUAUAUAUAUAUAUAUAUAUAUAUAUAUAUAUAUAUAUAUAUAUAUAUAUAUAUAUAUAUAUAUAUAUAUAUAUAUAUAUAUAUAUAUAUAUAUAUAUAUUUUAAGGACAGCCCUUACAAGAAUUAAAAUGUCAUUAGAGCCAUGUUCGUGGCCAUCUUAUGAACAACUUCCGCAAUGUGUAUGUCUAUUUUAAACGGCAUUGAGUCUUGAUACAUAGAGAGUCGUGUUACGUAGAGAUUCCUGUUACAUAGAGAGUCGCGUUACAUAAAGACUCUUGUUACGUAGAGGGAGUCGUGUUACGUAGAGACUUGUGUUACGUAGAGAGUCAUUUUACGUAGGUCAUUUUACGUAGAGAGUCAUUUUACGUAGAGAGUCAUUUUACGUAGAGUCAUUUUACGUAGAGAGUCAUUUUACGUAGAGAGUCAUUUGACGUAGAGCAUGGGUCUCAAACUCAAAUUAUCUGGGGGCGCAGAUAGAGUCUGAGUGAGACUGGGCUGCAUCAAGUAUUAAAAAAAAGAGCCAUUACAAGUUUAAUAAAUUAUGACUGUUACAAUGAGCUCAACUUUUAUUAAUAACUAAUAAAAACAUUAAGGGUUCUCAAGAACUAGGCUUCACUUUAUUCCUCCUACUCCUUGUUGCCAGAGACCUGGAAGCGCUUCUUCUUACACAGCUAAGCAACAUUUAGUUGGCUUGAGUGAGGAAGCAACUGAUACACUUAUUAUAGCUUGAGGAUGCUCAUCAGUAAGUUUAGCCCUAAACUUUGACUUGUUAAAGUUUAUAGUGGAAAAGAGCUUUUUACACAGAUAGGUAUUUCCCAAAAAGGCACAUGAUCAGCUUGAACGAACGGGAGAUCUCAGAGAAGGUGGAGGGCAAUGCUCUCAUAAUUUGUUCAUGCUUGUCUGUUUUUCACUCAUCUCCCUGAACUUAGCCUUGAUUGAAGCGCCAAAAAAGGGGGGGUUGGGCGGGGGUUGGGGGGGCGGCAUCUUCCACUUUGAAGGAGAAAGGGUCAGCAAAAAUUGGAAAAGUGGCAAAGUGCGUCUUAAAGUUUGCAAAGAAUUGAUAAAAUUAUUCCUGCAGCUUUGAAAUGGCAUCAGUAUACUUACUACUAAGUUACUACUGAAUGAUUUGCCCCGAGUCCAUGAGUACUUUGCAUGUUGAGAAAUGGCAGAGGUUUCUCUGAGAACCAUAACAGUUUUGUGCAGAAUGCCCUGACAUUGUCAUAGGCAACACUGGCAAGCUGCCCAUGAUAUUGAAUCUUAUUGUUGAGUACAUCCAGCUCCUGUACAUUGUAAACAAGAAAAGCCAAGUCCAUGAGCCAUUUGGGAUCACUUAGUACAGGAGCAAGCACCCCAUCCUUCUCCGUGAAAGCUUUGAAGACAAAACGUGCUAUUGUAGGGAGAAUAAAUAUUGAUAUGUUUAUUGUAGAAAAGGCCUUUUUGACUAAUACUAUUUUGAAAGUGAUCAAGCUGACAGGCUCGGAAUUUUCCUCACUCAUCAACACUAGCCGCCAUUUUAAUAAGGAUUCUUCGAUACUGUAUCAGAUGACUACGAUUUACACAAUUAUGGUUGUGCAUUACCCCCUAAUUGAUUUUUAAAACUUUUCUCAAAACCACACACUGGACAUGUUUUUCUCAUAAAAUUCUAUAAAAUAAAAACUUUUAGUCCCAUUUUAAAACGGUGUUUACGAUUAUCAUCAACUUACAAAUAUUUACAAAGAUAAUAAAAAUCAGAAUGACACUAGUCGGGGAGAUUCGACUGAAAACAUCGCGGAGGGUUACAUUAUAAAUAUGAGAUAAGGGACAGCGCGCGGGCCGCAUUAACACUAAACUUUGCUGUCAGGUAUCGGGUUGCAAAUUUGGUCUUGCGGGCCGCAAAUGGCCCGCAGGCCGCGUGUUUGAGUCCCCUGACGUAGAGAGUCGUAUUGCGUGGAGCGGUAGUCACUUGAUACCAUCCAUUUUCUCAUGUCAAUUUAAAGACAGGGAGUGUGUUCUCAGAGUGUUUGGAGGGGGUCAGGGUUUAACACACACAUAGUUCUCAAAAGAAGUAAAAGAGUCCCGUAAACUGAUGUCGAAUGGCAGCAUUUAUUUAAACAGCUGUUUAUGGUGUGCUGCAAGUCAUAGCUUUAUGUCAGAACAUAACGUUCUAUAUAGAAAACAGAUGAUUUCACUUCAUAUAGCUUACUUAUAUUAUUCAUGACAUCAAAGUAUUCUAACGAUUUCAUGAUUUUGUCUUUGGACAUCUAACAUUCAGCCAAUGGAUCAAAGUGGUCGGUUAAGAAUUUUGUUGUUGUUGUAAAUUUAAGAAAUGAAGGGUUGAUGUAUGUAUCAGGAGCCCAUGUAGGGAAGGGUGGCUCAUGUAGGGAAGGAUGGCCCAUAUAGAGAAGGAUGGCCCAUGUAGGGAAGGAUGGCACAUGUAAGGAAGGAUUGCACAUGUAGGGAAGGGUGGCUCAUGUAGGGAAGGAUGGCCGAUGUAGGGAAGGACGGCACAUGUAAGGAAGGAUGACCCAUGUAAGGAAGGAUUGCACAUGUAGGGAAUGAUGGCACAUGUAGUGAAGGAUGGCACAUGUAGGGAAGGACGGCCCAUGUAGGGAAGGACGACCCCUGUAGAGAAGGAUGACCCAUCUUACCCACACCGAUAUUCCAUGGCCUGCUAAUCUUUCCACAUUUAAAUCCCUCUGACAACCCAUCCCACCAACAACCCACGCAACCCUUUGGCAUUCCAAAUUUUCCAAGUGUCUUUAUGUUCUUAUGAUGUUCCAUCAGAUGUAUUGUUAAAGAAAAAAAACAAACAAAAACUGUCUAUUUCAGUUGGGCCCAUUCCUACCUGAGCCCUGUCUCUCCUGUUUCUGCUUCGACACGGGCUCAACCGACUGUUUCAUCAUCCAGUGCCCGAAAUGUCUCUUCUACUACUACAAGCCCGGGGAUUGCUGCGCCUCAUGUGAGCCCCCGCCACCACCAGCGCAAGCACCCUCGCGGAAAAAUGCAGUGAGUAUUUACAGAUCAUGUUUAAAGUUAACAGGCGCUGCACUCUAACUUUUAACUUAACAAUGUAACAGAGACACGCAGUGAGUAGAAAUAAUCUAAUGACGAGCAAUGAUCAGGGAUUCUGAAUCGGUUGCUAAUAGACCCCUGUGUUGCAUCGAAUAUUUAUUUUAAAAAAAAAUUCCUAGAGAGAUUUGAAAAAUGAAUUAUUAAAAGCCUUUUUAUCAGUUUGGAAAUGAUCAAAGGGCUCAGUGGUCUUACAAAGAUUCAGAGCCCCUGGUACAGGUUAACAUGUUGACUAGAUUUCUACUAAACCAUUUAAUAAGGGUAUUGUAACUUUGACAGUAAUAUCUUAACAUUUAAAAAAACUUAAGUUUCUAUAAUAAGUAUGUCUUUAGAUUUUGUUUAAACAGCGUCUUGCUUUACGGUAAUUUGUUGUUUUUUUUCCUUUGAAUUUGUUUGUUUUUUUUUUUUUUUUUUUGUUAUUUUUUUUUUAGUUAUGGCAUUGUGAAGAUUUGGUAGGGAUACUUUGAUUUGCUUUGCGCUUUGUUAAUUUCAUGUUUCGCAACCUGUUCAACUGGCAUUUUAUGUUUACCUCAUGGCAUUAAAUCUACCAAAUAAUUCCAUUUUAGCGCGAUCGAGCGGGACGCUUAUAUAACUAUUGUAAAAUAUUAAUUCAACAGGUUGAGAAGCGUAGUUCUAAUACUGAUAUUUUUUAACACACUUACAAAUAUUGCUAUUAUUUGUUUCAUUGCUUUGUGUGCGUUUGUAUUGCAAUGACUACCAGUAAGUAGCAUCAUUUAAAAUUCGAUUGAAACCAAGUCUUUCAUUCAGGUCAGAAUGUUGGGCAGUAUUAGUGCAGAGCGAUGGGUACAGUGUUUCUCUCAGGCAUCUCUCCGGGUGUGUGUGUGUGUGGGGGGGGGGGCGGACGACUGCCCCCUCUGAGAAAGUCAAUCGCCCCCCACCCCGGGAGAAAAAUAUAAUAAUAUACAAUUACAGAAUUGUCACGUUUAAACUCUAAAUAAAAUUUGUAAAGCAUUGGAACAAAUCAAAUAAAACUACGCUAAAUAUAAAUUUGAUGACCUUAACAUUGAAGGAAAUUCUAGAUACAGCAUUCGAUUCUAAAUAGUGUAGUGUUCCUACCUAAAAAAUAGUCAGCUCCAGAUUACUAGCCGCAGCUCUACAUUGGGGUGGGUGGGGGGGGGGGUAAUGUGCACCCCGGAGAAAAAAAAAGUGUUCACAUUUAAAGUGAAAAUAUAAUUUUAAAAACAAAGAACGUGUACUAGUUUUGUAAAAAAGGUUAAGAAUUGUACCUCUCCUGAGGUAUAAGAAAAUAUUGAAGACCAAUAUAAAUUAUGUAAGAAAAUAUUUGGAGAUUUACUAUAAAUUCAUGGGGCAAAAAAUCAUUUUCCCUCAAGUAGUCUAGAACUGAUUUCUUUCGUUGCAUUUCAUAACACAAACAUAUUUAAAACUAAUUUAUUGUUACUAAAAGCAAUAAAAGAAGGUGCUAAAACUCUGACUGAAAUGGUUUUAAAAGGUUUUAUUUUUGUAACAUAUUGAAAGGAAGGUUCCCAUAAUACUGCAUGUUACUGGUUGCAUGUGAAGAGCAGUUUUAGUCCCAGUGCUACCUCUAACCCAUUGCGGUUCUUUCUUGGAUUGUUUCCUCUCUCCACAGCACUGGGAGCGAGAGGAGCCCAACGAAGGCGGCAUUUAACACUUAACAGAAAACUGGUCCCCGUCAAUGAUGGCGGCGCUGGGAGCUGUCAUUGUUAGAAAAUUGCAUAACCUAAUACCUUAAUUGUGCCAAAUAUAACGUAGUUAAUAUAAUUAACCUGAAAAGUGUUGAGCAAAUGUAGAAAGGAGAUGGAUUUGUAGUUUUAAAUUAAUUUUCAGUGAACGGAUUUUAAAUGUAAAUAUUGUUCACAUGUUUUGUACACGCUAUACUGUUUUUGUUUGUUUUUAUUUCUGCUCUAUCACCUCUUACAGUACAGAGACACGGACCCAGGAGAGAUACACGAAACAUAAGCGGAUGUCGGAUUAACAUAAAUCGGAUAGACAACGUUUUUUCUUGGAAAUGGAAUGCAAAACAUAAGAUCCAGAAAAAAAUAUUUGUUUGCUGGGCAAUUUUUUUUUUUUUUUUUAAAUUAAAGCUUUUUCA